AUGGCUCCGAAGAUCCCAGAAUUUAUCUCGGAUGGAUUCGAGGCUCUCAAAUUGGUAGCUCAACUAUCAUGGAGACGCAAUGUGAAAGCUUGGAUUCAAGUCCCUUUUGGCAUUGUUUUGAUUCUUCUAGCAUGCUUCGGUAUCAAUGCUCUUAUAGGACUCAGUUCAGUCUCAUUUCCUGCAUCUGUGGCGUGCUUGAUUUUGCUAUUUUUGAUUUUGAAUCUUAUUGAUUUGGUUAUUGGUCACCAAAGAACGAGAGCUUUGGUCUCAAUUAUUGAUAUUCCAGCUGGAUGGGCUCUUCGAUACAUCAAUCUUUUUUUCACGCCCUCUUUCGUCCUGUUGCCCUUGAGUGAUAGUAUCACUGCUACAGAAGUAGGUAAAAUCAUAGGAGUAUUCCUCGUUGGGUUCUUGGUUAUGUUCGCCAUCACAGCCUGGUUGGUUCGCGGUCUGCAAGUUCUAGUAGGUUCGACUAAGCGUGCUAUCACUGAAAGGGCGGAAGAAAUGGGCGCCGAGAAUGAUGCUAUUCCUCUCGCAGUGUCGAGUAAUACCGACUUCACGUCAACCGACACAAUUAGUCCUAUACAGGAACAAGAGCUAGCUGUGAUUAGAGAUGCUAGAGAUCCACGAGAGUCACCGCAAACAGAAAGUCCACCGCCAGAAGCUAUCUCUAGUACCACUCAGGUUCAACAAGAGCCAUUACCACUCACACGAGCUCAAGUAUGGGCGGCGUUCAUUAACAGGAACUUAGAUUUACUCACCUACAGCGUCAUGUUCCUUUUCAUAGGAAUUCCUGUUUACUAUGCUACCGGCUAUGCAAUGCCAGUACAACUUACUUUUAACGUACUAGCUUACUUUGCAGCACAAUCCCUCCCAGUCCGUUGGAAGCAAUUUUUACACCCUGUUUUACUAUCAUCUGGCAUCACUAUCCUUGGUAUAUGGAUCUUGGGACUUGUUAAAGGCAACAACCUAGGUGAGAUCUUAGGAGAUUACAAAACCAAUACCAAAUAUAUCGCCUACUGGGAUGGAGAAGGAAAUCUUCCUCUACCCGGUGCUGGUGAUAUCUUUAAUAGCAUUCUCGACGCCUCCAUCGUCUCCCUCGCUCUUCCCAUGUUUCAAUACCGCCACGAAUUAAAAUCACACUUCAUUCCUAUCACAAUCCCCAGUGUUGUUCUCGCUAUCGCUUCACUAUUCGGUUAUCCCCCUCUCUGCUACUCUCUCGGUAUAUCCCCUCCAAUUUCUCUUUCAUUCUCCGUGCGUUCAUUGACUCUCGCCCUCGCUACCCCUGCCGCCACCAACCUUGGCGGGAACACCAACGCAGCUGCCGCUCUUGCCAUCAUGUCCGGUAUUCUCGGUGUUUUGAUUGGUCAACGUCUUCUUACUUUCCUCAAAAUUCGCCCUGAUGAUUACAUCACCAUCGGAGUUGCUAUGGGUGGAAAUGCGAGCGCAAUAGCUACUGCAUUAUUACUAGUUAGUGACCCGAGAGCUGCAGCUUUAAGUAGUUUGAGUAUGAGUCUCUUUGGGAUUGUGACUCUGGCGUUGACUUCUGUGCCGCCGGUAGUGGAUAUUAUUAGGGGGUUAGUCGGUUUGUAG